CCUUGCCAAGCGUUCUUUCCAGGCUCAACGUGUUCUGUGUAACAAUCGCAGUUCCCCUCACGAAGACUCGGCGCUUGACAACACAUUCUGGAAGCAUUUCGUCGCAGCAAGUUGACAGACAAGACGAAAAUCACUCCAGACCAUUAUCGCUAUUCAGCAAGCCUUCAAGAUGCCAGUCAACACAACCCUCGCGGACGAAAUCGAGUUCCGAACAGGCCAAGGCUCCUCCUCAAAACGUCUCUUAAUCUACUUCAUCCCCGGCAACCCAGGCCUCGUAGAAUACUACCGUCGCUACCUCUCACAACUCCAAGAAUCACUCCAACACCGCAAAGAAGAAGUCAUCAUCUACGGCGCUAGUCACGACGGAUUUGAAUUCCACACUCCCUCCAACCGCAUCAAUCAAGGCUCACCUCCCUUCUCUCUCCAGCAAGAAAUCCACUGCGUCCGAAGCAAACUGUCACUCAAAGCGAGAGAACUCUCCACCGACUCUCAGCCCCUCGACGUGAUCCUAAUCGGCCACUCCGUAGGAGCAUACAUGCUCCUCGAAACAAUCUCAUGGUGGCAAAAGCAACCCACCGAACAAUCCAUCUACUCGAUAAAAGGUGGAAUUUGUCUUUUUCCGACAGUCGUCGAUAUCGCGAAAAGUGAUAAAGGUCGAUCAUUAUGGCCGAUACUGGCGUUCCCCGGCACGGGGUACCUCCUGUCUGGAAUGGCAUCUUGUCUUAACGCUUUCUGGCUUCUAGAUUGUGUUACAAGGAACUUGACACCUGGACCCGAAGGCGGCGCCGUAACAGCAGCAUUCGCUCGAAGUGAUCACGGAAUUCGACAACUCAUCUACAUGGCGCGAGACGAGCUCGCAUCGAUCAAAGAGGAUAAAUGGCAUGCGCAGGAUCUUUGGGGCACGGUCCACGAGUCGAAUGGAAACGCAAAUGGGAAGAUUUUCAACGAUGAGCGAGAAAGUUCUACUAGUAUCGCCACAACUCCAGGUGCGCCGCGAACGAAACUGUACCUCCUAUUCGGAAAAGACGAUUAUUGGGUCAAUAAUGAUAGUCGCGACAACUUGAUCACUGCGAGACAUGGGGGGCAUACGACCAUGGAAGUUUUGCAUAACAGACCAGAGAUUCCGCAUACGUUCUCGUUACAUCCAGAGCAUAGCGAUCAUGUGGCUGAGAAGACUGCGGCGUGGAUAGCGACAUUAGAAUCGGAGUGA